CACCAACCUAAGUUCCGUUCGGAGAGAGCGAGAUCAAGGCACUUCUUGAAUUCGGGGAAAGAUUUCUAUUACAGGUUAGCCAGUGUACUUGAUGGCUUCAUCUCCAAUGGAAUCUGGGGCGUUGGUUUUAUUGCAAGAUUUACAUCCAUGCUCGCCACACUUUAAGCAAGGGGCUUCACUAAGAGUAACUGGAAAGUUACAAGAGUAUUCAGUUGAGACAGCUAUUGCCACAUUAGUUGAUGGAAAUGACAGCUUAAAGAUCGACACCAAACUCCUCAGGGAACUUAACAUUCGGGUUGGAUCCAUGUACCAGUUCAUCGGCGAACUGCAUAUUCAACCCGAUAAUGAGGCAGUGUUGCAGGCACGAGUGGGUAGGAAUUUUGAUGGCAUUGACCUCAAGCUCUAUUAUCAGUCUCUGCAAUUGCUAAGGCAAUUUCAAGCCAACCAUCUGAAGAACCCAACAGCUUAACACAGUCCUGGUUUCAGAAGAUUUUUGUGGAGAUUCAGAGGUAUUGUAUUAACUACAAACCAGUUAGUAAAAUUCAUAUGAGUUUGCUCCCUAGUAUUGCCGGAGCUACUUUGUGACUUUGUAAGUUAGUAAUCAAAAGAUUCAUGCUCUUAAAGAACCAUUGAGAACCAAAAGGAGGUGCACUAGCAUUCUGGCACUGUUGAA